AGCUUCCAUUCCUCGUGGUCGCCGCAGUUGGCGUCGUUGACGACGCCAUCACAGACCCCUCCCCCCAUUCUCCUCCCCACACGACUCGAUCCCUCGUCGACUGGUGAAUCACGCAGCCGAGACAGCGUAGUCUACCGCGCAGACAAGACAGCGCCCCGGACGAGGAAGACAGGAUCGGUGCGGACGAUCCACAGACACACCUUGCAGGCCGACGUGAUUUGCACUCGGACCCAAAGCUACGAGGAGCAAGUCUUCUAAACUCGUGCUGUAAAGCCAAAAUGGCACCGACGCUGGGGUACUGGGACCUGCGGGGUCUGGGGCAGCCCAUCCGCAACCUGCUGAUCUACAAAGGGGUCGACUUCGAGGACAAGCGAUACAAGUUCGGCCAGGCGCCCGACUACGACCGCGAGGAUUGGCUCAAGGAGAAGUUCACGCUGGGGGUCAUGUUCCCCAACCUGCCGUACUACAUCGACGACGAGGUCAAGAUCAGCCAGAGCUUGGCCAUCAUGCGCUACUUGGCCCGGAAGCACGACCUCGGCGCUAGAGACGAGGAGGAGACGACCAAGCUGGACGUGAUGGAGCAGCAGGCCAGGGACCUUGCCUGGUGGCUUGUCAUGGUCUGCUACUCGCCAAAUUUCCAGGAGCAGCGGUCCAAGUACGAGGAGACCAUGCUGGGGCAGCUGCGGCUGUGGGACGACCACCUGCAGGGCAAGCUGUGGGUGCUGGGAGACCGGCUCAGCUACGUCGACUUCCUGCUUUACGAGGCGCUCGACUGGAACUACGAGUUCAAGCCCGAGGCCUUCCAGGGUUUCCCCGUCGUGGUGGCGUACAUGCGACGCUUCGAGGAGCUGCCCAACCUGAAGGAGUACUUCGCCUCGGACAAGUACAGCAAGUGGCCCCUCAUGGGACCCCAGGUCAAGUGGGGACACAUCAAGGAGUAGGGGGGACGCCGAGGAGGGACACAUCCUCUGCGCUAUCUAAACACGGUGUCUAUUAUUACUGGUGCACAUUUUUCACAUUUCUGUAGGUAACUGGCCUACGUUUUGCCACUGAAACUAUUGAUAAUACUGUGCCGUAAACAAUGGUCAUUUGACCUGAAUAAUGUGAAAGUAUAGAGUCCAAGUAAUGUAUUGUCAGGCCGGGAGGUCACAUUAGUCGGAGUAAAAUUUGCAGGAGCCAACAAUAUAUUACUGCUGAGCCUCCUGAGGUCGUGCUUCGCUGCGCGUGUAACAUGAUGUCAACCGCUGCAAUUGGGUGCAUCUUACUCCUCUAGAUUUUGACAACACGCAUCGGUUGUGCGUUUACAUCUAACGAAAAAAAGCGAACUGUCGUAUCAAAGCCUACGCGGCUCUUUUUGUUUAAGACCGGCGCUGGUCAAUUAAAAUGUGAGAACGUUACCGUGUUUAGAGUGUACUAUGAAGUUUUAGGUCCCUGUUCCCGAACAUUCUCUCUGAUGCGAAACUUCCGCUAGCGCUUCGGAUUUCCGAGACGCGCGGCACUCGAGAGCCAAAGAUAAAACGCUUGAUUGACAAGAAGCGUAUCGGGAACGCAAAAUCUCGAAAUGACCGAUAGUCGCGGUUGUGCGACACUGCGAAAGUGGGGAGUUUCGAUGAAGAGACACAUUGCUAUGCGUAUUCACUUGAAACCACAACAGCGUGAAAAUAUGUGGCCUUGACGGUAAAGCACGCAGAGGUAAUAUAAACGGUAAUCCCGACGCGCGUAAUACGGGUGCAAGCUAUGGAUGCAAACGCCGAGUUUUGGGGUGACCUCAGGUUGCGCGGGAAGCGGCUCUGAUUAGCCUAGAGAAAUCACGACGCGUUCACUGUAUGGUUCUUCAUAUAUUUUACUUGCUUCAGUGUGUUCCAUGUAGCGCAUAUUAUACGAAAUAAAGAAAUUUAAGUUUUCGCUGUUAUCA